UAAAAAACAAAAAAUAAAUCUCUCAAUUUACUCACCCUCGGAGCUCCGCGUAGAGAUUCCCAAAAUCUGGACCGUCCAAUCCCUCCUCCUUCGUGGCUCCUGCACCUUCCUCCUGCGAUCCUUUUCUUGUAGUCUCAGUCUCUCUCAGCCGCCCAACCCCAACACACACGCACACACGGAGCAAAUCCGUGCGCAUUUCGCACACGGUGCAAUCUAUUAAGAACGACGCGUUGAGCUAAGGAAGCCAAAUCUUCUUCUUCUUCUUUUUAAUAUAUUGUAAUACAGAGAUUUGAUAUAACAGAGCAGAGCAAAGCAGAGGUGAAGAAGAAGAAGGAGGAGGUGGAGGUAGAGUAGCAUGGCUGAACUCUAUUCGUGGCUUGUCUCCUUCUUUGUCCUCAUAGCACUUCUCAUCGUCAUCGUUUACCAGCUUAUGUGCCUGGCGGAUCUAGAGUUUGAUUAUAUCAACCCUUAUGACUCUUCAUCUCGAAUAAAUAGAGUGAUUUUGCCAGAGUUCAUCACACAGGGAGUGUUAUGCUUAUUCUAUCUUGUAACAGGGCAUUGGUUUAUGUCACUGUUAUCUGUUCCAUACCUCUACUACAAUGUGAGACAGUACUUGCAAAGAAAGCAUCUGGUAGAUGUCACUGAGAUAUUCAACUUGCUUCAUUGGGAAAAGAAGCAGCGGCUAUUCAAACUCUUCUAUCUUAUUUUUCUGCUCUUUCUCACCAUAUUUUGGAUGAUUCUAACUGCAUUGGAUGAGCAUGAUUAAUUGGGGGCUAUUGCUUAUGGAGUAUUACUGGAGGGUCUUAAAUCUCAAUCCUGUGACUGUUGCCCGAGUGUAAGAGAUAAAUUGCUGCCUUCUAGCAACACCCAUUGUACCUGAAAUAAGUUCAGGGUUUGUAUUUGAAUUAAAUUUCAGGGUGUUGCUGUCUCCUAGCAACACCAUUUGUAACCGAAUUAUUCAAUUAUCCAACACCUGUUGGAUAACACGUCAAUCUCUUCAGGUUCAGUAUUCGGGCAUUUCCGCCCGUUCAUCCUCCCACUUAAUCAUUUUAUUUUUCUCCUUCUCUCCUCUACUUGCUUUUGGAUUUUUGCCAAUUUGUGUGCAUGAAGAGGGGAUAUUUAUAUUAGUAACCACAAAAAAAGUGUUGAUUUUGAA